AUGGCGAUUUGUAGCUCGCUGUGCCCCUUCCCCACUCCUCCCUCUUCCCCUCGGAAGCCCCAUCUCUGUAACCCUACAUCGCCACAUCUCACCAGAGUUCUGUCCAAAAAUGGCGGGCACUUGACUGCUGGCGUGGACCUGCCGCCGGACUACGAGAGUUGGCUCCCGAAACGCGACCUCAGAAACCGCCGGCGGGCAGGGAUUCUCCUCCAUCCGACGUCCUUCCCUGGGCCCUAUGGCGUCGGCGAUCUUGGUCCCCAGGCCUAUCGGUUUCUCGACUGGCUUCAUGACGCCGGCUGCUCCCUUUGGCAGGUUCUUCCUCUUGUUCCUCCUGGGAGGAGGGCUGGUGAGGAGGGAUCUCCCUACUCUGGACAGGAUGCUAAUUGUGGAAAUACACUUUUGAUUUCUCUCGAGGAACUUGUUGAAGACGGUCUGCUUUCUACGGAAGAGCUUCCAAAUCCAAUAGACAUGGACCGCGUAAAUUUCACAGCUGUUGCAGAUGUCAAGGAUCCAUUGAUAGCUGAGGCUGCAAAAAGGCUUAUUCUAAGUAAGGGUGAGCUCAAGGAUCAGCUUCAAGCGUUCCGUAAGAAUCCAAAUAUUGCAGGUUGGCUUGAAGAUGCAGCUUAUUUUGCUGCCAUUGAUGACACGCUGAAUGCAUUUAGUUGGUAUGAAUGGCCUGAACCUUUGAAAAAUUGCCAUCUUGCUGCUCUGGAAGAAAUUUAUCAUAGCAAAAAGGAAUUUAUAGAUGUUUUCAUCGCUCAGCAAUUCUUGUUCCAAAGGCAAUGGCAGAAAGUUCGUGAUUAUGCUCGAACAAAGGGAAUCAGUAUAAUGGGAGAUAUGCCUAUUUAUGUUGGCUAUCACUCUGCUGAUGUGUGGGCUAAUAAGAAACAGUUUCUGCUGAAUAGUAGCGGUUUUCCUCAUCUAGUUAGUGGAGUCCCUCCCGAUGCCUUCAGUGAAACUGGGCAGCUGUGGAACAGCCCAUUAUAUGAUUGGAAGGCCAUGGAAAAAGAUGGAUUUUCUUGGUGGAUUCGACGUUUAAAACGUGCACAAAAUUUAUUUGACGAAUUCCGGAUUGAUCACUUUAGAGGAUUCGCAGGAUUUUGGGCCGUUCCUUCUGAAGCAAAAGUGGCAGUUGUAGGGCGAUGGAAAGUGGGGCCUGGAAAGUCUCUUUUUGAUGCAAUAUUUAGAGCUGUUGGAGAGAUCAAUAUCAUAGCAGAAGAUUUGGGGGUAAUAACAGAAGAUGUGGUACAGCUUAGGAGGUCCAUUGGGGCACCUGGGAUGGCAGUUCUCCAGUUUGGCUUUGGAAGUGAUGCCGAAAAUCCACAUUUGCCCCAUAAUCAUGAGAUGAAUCAGGUGGUCUACACAGGAACUCAUGACAAUGACACGAUUCGAGGAUGGUGGGACAUAUUGCCAAAGGAAGAGAAAGCUAACGUGGUAAAAUAUAUUGGUAAUAUCAAUGAGGAUGAUAUAUCGUGGGGCCUAAUACAGGCUGCCCUUUCGUCAGUAGCACAAACCACUAUAAUCCCCAUGCAGGAUGUACUUGCAUUGGGAAGUUCAGCUCGAAUGAAUGUCCCCGCAACUCAGUACGGAAACUGGAGCUGGAGAAUACCCAAAUCGACAUCAUUUGACGGCUUAACCUCUGAAGCAAAGAAACUAAGAGAUAUGCUUGCUAUGUAUGGCCGGCUAUAA